UAGGUUACCAAAGGUCGUGGCCGCUGCUUGUUUUGCGAUUAUUCAGACGGCGCCCUUCUCUCUUCUGUCUCUAGUGAGUCUACUUCGUAUACCGCUUCAAAGCUGAGCAAUGGCUUCCUACAUUGUUAAUCUCUUGUUUGUGAUAAUUCUACAAUCAGUAGUAGCUACCUCGCGGUCCGCGGUGUUUGAUGGGAAGUUUCCUAUGGACACGGGCUUUGUGAACAUCACUUCCUCCCUUAACGGGCCAAUCAGCGUGCUAGGAAUAUCCACCAAUUGUUAUCAGUGCCCACUUCAGCUGAUGCAGGGCAGUUUCACUGGGAACACCUUCAGUCUGAUAAACACACAUUAUAGAUUUGUCAUCGUCAUCGAAAACUCCACUUCUCAUACUCAGCUUUGCAGGUUGGAUUAUCUGUUUGGCGAGAAGGGCUGGUACAAGUAUUCAAUAGACGUCGUUAAUGACAAGGUCACGUGCCAUCUAAGCGUUACUAAGCAACCAAAAAAUCCGUACUGGCCGUUAUUGUGGGCUCUGUGUGCAUAUGUGGCCCUUACUCUGCUAUGCUUAAUAUGGUGCAAACUGCUCAAAGAGAGAUGCCAAAUGAUAUUCUAUGGGGGAUCACACGACAUUACUAUGGAUGGUUCUUACAUGCCACAAACUUCACCUGUUGAAAUAUCGAUGGAGGGCAACGUGACUGCUGAAAACAUCUCUCCCACAUCUUUACACCCACCAUCGGAAUUCGCGAAACUCCCAAAGGAAAAGAGGAGACUACGCUCACUCGACACGUUCCGGGGGAUUGCUAUCACUCUGAUGAUCUUCGUGAAUUUUGGCGGAGGAGGGUAUUAUUUCUUUGGGCACGCAGCCUGGAAUGGACUUCUCGUUGCAGACCUGGUAUUUCCUUGGUUCAUCUGGAUCAUGGGCGUGUCAAUCACCUUGUCAUUCAAGUCACUCAAACGUCGCAAAGUGAAGAAGUGGAAGAUCUGCCUCAAAGUCAUUCGUCGCAGUCUCAUCUUGUUCGGUCUCGGGCUGUUUACCAGCAACUUCAAUGACCUAGAGACCUAUCGAAUCCCUGGUGUGCUCCAGCGCUUUGCCGCGUGUUACAUCGUCAUUGCCCUUAUGCAACUUUUCCUCGGGCCCUCGGAGGAGCAAACGCAGAAGAAAUGGUGGGACCCUAUUCGUGACGUGGUCUCCAUUUGGAAGCAGUGGCUGGCAAUGCUCUUGUUGUUGGCGAUCUACGUCACGGUGACGUAUGCUGUCAAGCUUGAUGGAUGUCCACGUGGCUAUACUGGUCCGGGUGGAAUCGGCCGAGGAUACCCCGAGGCGUUUAACUGUACCGGAGGUGUGGCGAACUACAUCGAUCGCAAGUUCUUCGGAAAACACAUCUACCAAUGGCCAACUGUCAAGCAAUUGUACAAGACAAAGCUCCCCCACGAGCCCGAGGGAUUUCUCGGAACGCUGACAUCAAUUUUCCUGGUGUUUCUAGGAGUACAGGCCGGGCGUAUACUCCACACAUAUCGCAAAAGUACGGAGCGGAUCACACGAUGGCUAGCUUGGGGAGUUUUCCUGGGAUUAAUCGGUGUUGGACUUUGCAAGGCAUCAGAGAACGAGGGAGUUGUGCCGAUCAACAAGAACCUGUGGUCCGUGUCUUUUAUCCUGGUGACUGGCUCCAGCUCGUUUUUUCUUCUUACUUUUUGUUACAUUUUCACGGAUUCUCUCGGAUGGUGGAAUGGUGCACCAUUUUUCUACCCCGGAAUGAAUUCCAUUCUGCUGUACGUUGGCCACGGUAUAUUGUACAACAACUUUCCAUUCAGCUGGAAGAUGGACAAGUAUGGGACGCACUCGGAGAAGCUCGCCAUGAAUCUACUAGGUACUUCGCUUUGGGUUCUUAUUUCCUACUAUUUGUACAGAAAGAAGACGUUCCUCAAGAUUUAGAAGGUUCUAAGAUAACCCAACGAUAGAUAUAUCCCCAGUUAUGUAAGCCCCCGCAUAUAAUAUAUUCCAUAUGAUUCAUUGUGCAGGCCCGUAGCCAGGAUUUUGAGCGGCGGGGGGGGGGGGGGGG